CGAUUUCUAUAUAGAAGAUAACGUUAAAAUGUUCCAAGUAAAGAAACUGAACCAUGCCGGUUCUCAUGCCGAAAAUCGGGGGCGUGUAUGCCUUUUAUGUUUACAAAAAGGUACAAAUUUCGUGAACAUUCAAGGUACAUUAGCGGGCAAAUUGAAAUCUCUCUUGAAUUUUGAAAUCAUCGAUUUCAUGCCGAACGUUUUGUGCUGUGCGUGUAAAACAAAGCUGUACCGCAAUUUUACUGCAGGAAACGUGGCCAGGAAUUUCAAUUUACCAGAUUAUUCACUCUUCCGCAAUGGAAUCAACACGAAUUCAAAAAGUGUGAAAAAUAAAUGUUUGUGAAUUGGCCAGAAAGCGCUGUUUGAAAUAUGUUGACAAAUCAGAAACAGACCGCAAUGCGCCACAAGAAGCUGGUAAGAAAAAAACGUCGAGUGAAAAGAGAUGUGUGAAAUGUUUGACACUGAUUGGCAGAGGUAAGAAUCACAAUUGCACUAAAACAACUCACGUAAACAGCAUAAAAGAUUUUAUGGAAACUAUGGAGCAAAAGAAAAGCGAGCAAUUGACAUUAAUGAUGUUGAAGCAUACGCAUACGAUAUCGCAGGCUGAAGAAACGCCAAGUGGUGGUCGGAACAAGGAUAUCUCUCUGUCUCAAAUUCACGGAAAGCCUUUAAAAUUAAAUAUACACCAGAAUCCCGGGCCUCAGACGUCAAAUAAUCGUGUCAUUUCUGUAGAAGCAAUGUCCGCAAUUCAGGAUAGUUUCAAUUUGAGUUUCAACACCGUGAAAGGAGUCGCUUGCGCUCUGCGUGCUUCCACGAAAAAUCGGGAAAUAUUCGAAAUUAACCUGGAGGAAAAACUCGUUGCUCGAAACCAUCUUCUGGACAAAUACUUUGAUGUUACUUGUUUGGAUUUUAUAAACGUCAAGGCCAGUGUUGAAACCGGAGCUCCAGGACCAGUUGCGUUUUGUAAGGACUUACAUGGUUUGAUUGAGCACAUAAACGAAGAAAGGCAAUUCGGAAAUUUUACUCAAGUAACUUUCGACGAAGCAGUCGAUUUUUGCAAGAACAAUAAUCUAGAAUUGGUAACUAUAGAAAAUGAGAGUGAAAAUAAUAAUCUAUACCAACAGUUGGACGCUAUGGGGAUUUUUAAUACUGCGUUAUGGACCUCAGGAACAAGAUUAGCAGCAUCAGAGCAGUGGGUAUGGUUAAGCAAUAUGAAAACUAUUGACAAAACCUAUUGGAAUUUUGAACCAAGCUACAAACAGGGUACCGAGUAUUGUUUAUCCGUCGCUCCUUUAAUACAAGAUCCUACUCGUUUUUGGAUAAAUGAAGAUUGUUCAAUAAUACAUUAUCCUAUUUGUCAAAUUGUGUCUUCAAAAUAA